AGAGAUGAUAAAAAAUAUCUUCAUUAAAGAUUUCGACCAUUUCACAGACCGCAGGAUAUUCAAAUCACACUCUGAGAGAGAUAAGGUUAUGAACGACAUGUUGUCCAAUGAAAAUGGAGAAAAAUGGAAAUCACUGCGAUCCAUUAUGUCUCCAACAUUCACGUCUGGGAAAAUGAAAAACAUGUUCCAUCUUGUUUGUGACAAAGCCGAUGCCCUUGUGGCAUUCAGUCUGGCAGAGGCUUCUAAGAAAUCUUUGGUAGACAUAAAAUUUAAUUUUGGAAGAUAUACAAUGGACACCAUUGCUUCUUGCGCUUUUGGCUUGGAGUGCAAUUCGCUUGUAGAAGAGGAUCCUGAAUUUCCAAAAAAGGUAAUACCAUUUUUCGAGGCGGGAAUCAUAAGACUGACGAAAGUCAUAAUAAAUUCGAUGGCCCCAAAACUCAGUCAAAUUUUGGGAUUACAUUUAGCCCCGAAGGAAACAGAAUUCUUCAAGAGUGUUUGUGAAGAAACUUUAGCUUCUAGAAGGAAAGGUAUGAAAAGGGGAGACUUUCUAGACCUCCUCUUAGAAGCUCAGGCUGAAGAGGGCUUAUCUGACCCAUCUAAAAAGCAAGUUCUUGAUGAUGACACCAUCAUAGCUCAGGGCCUUCUGUUCCUCAUUGCCGGUUAUGACACCACAUCAACAACUCUGGCUUUUGCUUCCUAUCUGUUGGCAAAGAACCCCGAAGCACAACAACGCCUUCGCCAAGAACUACAAGACAUUGUUGAACAAUACGAUGGAAUCACUUACCAAGGAAUUAUGGAAUCCAAAUACCUUGAAGGCAUUAUAUUAGAAACUAUGAGACUCUACCCACCUAUUCCAGUGCUGGAAAGAAAAUGCACCGAAUAUUAUCUCAUUCCAGGAACUAAUGUCACAGUGAACAAAGGACAGUAUAUUCAAGUACCAAUCUGGGCCAUUCACCAUGACGAGAAAUACUGGCCAGAGCCAGAAGCCUUCAGACCAGAACGCUUCCUCCCGGAAAACAAGAAAAACUUGACAAAUUACACACACUUACCCUUCGGACUGGGACCAAGGAAUUGUAUUGCGAUGCGUUUUGCCCAGAUGGAAGCAAAAGUGGCCAUAGCCAAAUUGGUCCUGGCAGCAGACUUGAAAAUACCUCCUGGUAAAGAAGAACUCGUCUUGUCAACUGGGGGUUUCCUCUUAAAACCUGCAAAAGAACUUUUCCUUCUUCUUGAACCUUUAAAUGAAGAGUGAAAAUCACUGAACUGGGACAAUGGUGAGGCCAUAUAUCACUGUGUGUGUGUGUGUGUGUUCCAUUGUUUUCAAUCAUUUUCUAUAAUUAUUAGGUAAAGUUUUGCAAAUGGAUCAAAUAUAAACAUUUUUAUUCUGAGUACAAUUCUUGUUUUAUUUUAAACAAGGCUAUCUAUGCCUACUAUCCCUGAGUUUGGGACAAGGCUCUGUGACAAACUGUAAUUAUACUUUACCUCUUCUCAUGUAAUUUUUAGUUACUGAUGUUGUCAAUGCAAUAUAGCAUUCUUUCUCAAUAGUAUUGUAAUUUCGUUGGUACUUAUGCAGAUCCUUAGAAAGAUGGCAUAUUAAGUAACCAAAUCCCUGAAAACUUUCUUGGAAUAAAAAAGAUAUCACCAUGAGUUCUGCGGAUAAACCAAAGUAGCAAAAACUAAUUAUUUCUUAUUUAAAGGAAACAGGAACCUUAUAAAAGCAUCAAAAUGCCUGUAACAGGUUUUCCUUUUUCUUAGCCACAGAUUUACACCCUGACUGUGUAACUUGUUCCUUGUAUGAUUCUUGGGCUAUGAUUAAAUAAUACAAAGAACUUCAGACCCCGAGUACAAAUGCCUUUUCGUGAAUACAGGACGUCACAAACAGAAGGUAUCCAAAAACACCAUCUCCUUCUGGCUACAGGAGAUAAUCUCCAAAGGUAUGUGUCCACUGAUUUCCAGAAAAACUUCUCAGUCCGAUAAAUAAGUACUAAUGAGAAUGACAGAUUGGCAC